CCUCCUCACCUCUCUUCUCUCUACACUCUCGAGCGCUUCUUCUCUUCUUCUUUCUCUUUUUUACAUUUACAAAUCGUCAAAGCUGGUCUUUGUCCUUUUGUCUUCGAUUCUCUACAACCACUUUUUUUUAUACUAUCGAUUUCUUCGUUCAGGCUGGUCCUAUUCGAGCAAAUCACUUUGAAAGAAAACCGUUUCCCUAAAUUUACAAAAAAAAAACGGAAAGAUGAGUUUCAGCACUCCUGUCAAGACCCGUCGGUCAGCACACUGCACUCCCCGCCAAUCUCGAUUGGAUUCCUCGCCUCUUACUCCCCGGAACUAUGCAGCUCUAUCGUCAUCCUACUUUGGUGGAUCUCGUCGCAAUUCCCCAAAGACUAGCAUCCACAAGCAGAUUCCCUCGCCUCUCAAGCUUGACAACUAUCUGCCGGAUACAACAUUGGUCGGAACUGGUCCUUCGUCUUGCGCAAACACACCUAAGCGUAUUGCCAAGAAGCAGAUCUUCCGGGCGUCUGUUCAGGGCGACAGAUUUAUUCCUAGCCGGAGCAGCUCGUCUACCACCAUGACCAAGCUAGAGGAUGACAAUAGCAGCAGCAGCAGCAAUGGCUCUACCAGAUCGUCCGUUUCUUCGUCGGCAACAAACAGUUACGAGUAUCAGUCGUCUGUUGCCGAGGCUUGUGGAUUUGCGCUUAACCAGCGUAUUCUCACUUUCAAGCCUGAGGCCCCUCAGUCGAAGAAGCCUAUCGAUCUUCGCAGCCAAUACAACCGCCCUCUUAAGCCGGCCGUCAACGCGCAGCUGCGUCGUCGUCUUCCCACGAAUGCUGAGCGUAUUCUCGAUGCUCCAGGAAUUCGGGAUGACUACUACCUCAACCUGCUUGACUGGUCGUGCAAUAACCAGGUUGCUAUUGGAUUGGACAGAGACCUUUACGUGUGGAAUGCCGAGUCUGGAAGCGUGUCAAGUCUCUUGCGCACAACGCCGGAUACCUACAUUUCGGGACUCAAGUGGUCGGGAGAUGGUGCUUAUGUUGCCGUCGGUCUGUCGGAUGGUGAUGUGCAAAUUUGGGAUGUGGAAGAAGGAGAAAAGGUGCGCUCGAUGACAGGUCAUGCUGCACGAGUGGGUGUUAUGUCGUGGGAUAGACAUGUUCUUUCAUCUGGUUGCCGCGAUGGUUCUAUCUGGAACCAUGAUGUUCGCAUUGCGCAGCACAAGGUGUCGGAGUUUGUCAACCACGAGGCGGAGGUUUGCGGUCUGCAGUGGCGGUCGGAUGGUAGCCAGCUUGCGAGUGGAGGCAACGACAAUCUUGUUAACAUUUGGGACGCGCGCUCGAGCACUCCCAAGUUUACCAAGACCAACCACAAGGCAGCCGUCAAGGCAUUGGCGUGGUGUCCGUGGCAGCUCAACUUGCUCGCGACUGGUGGUGGUACUUUUGAUAAGCAGAUCCAUUUCUGGAACGGCACUACCGGCGCCCGAGUGAACUCCAUCGAUGCGGGUUCACAAGUGACGUCUCUGCAGUGGAGCACAACGUACAAGGAGAUCGUCUCGAGCCAUGGCUACCCAGACAACAACUUGUCUAUCUGGAGUUAUCCCACGCUUGUGAAGAACGGCGAGAUCCAGGGCCAUGACACGCGUAUCCUCGGAAGCGCGUUGUCGCCUGAUGGCUCUACGCUUGCGACAGUUGCCAGUGACGAGAACUUGAAGUUCUGGAAGGUCUUUGAGCAGAUUGGCAAGAAAGUUUCGAGCGCGGUGAUGGGUGGAUCGCUGGCGUCAGGAGGAAAAGACAUUGCCAAAGUGAUGAUGAUCCGCUGAGUCUCCUUUUACUCGGCUGAUUGUUGUCUGCUUUCCGGUAUUCGUUCUUGUCUUUUUCUCUUUUCCUUGGAGUUGGCGUUGGUGAAAUGCUCUGGUGAUACCGUUGCCGUUGGCAAAGUGGUCAGUAAAGUAAUGUAUAGGUGCGCUCACCGUCGAGUGUGGCACUUGUUAGUUGUCAGCUGUAGCUAUAUAUAUACUUAUUGUACUCACUAAUAAACCGAUUUGGUAUGCAAUAUUUUAACAUU